AUGCAGAUUACUUCUUGCCCUGGUUGUUCUCUUCAUUGCCUUGAUAUGGAUAAAGGCCCUUUGGCUUUAAAAACUGUUAGCAGCAAACUAAUUCAUCGUUCUUGUUUAUCUGUUUUACCUUUUUAUCGUUGUUUACAACUUUAUCAAAUGACUAUACAUAUAGAUAUUUCUCAACAAUUUAUUAAUUUAAAACUUUCUCCCUUUAUUUUAUGUUCUUAUUUUAGAUUUCUUCUUGGAUUCUCUGAAUUAUAUAUUCCCGAACGAUAUUUAGCACUUACUCAACCACCUUUAAUGCAUUGUGACACUUCUCCUGCCUUAUUACCUGAUCUUACUCCAAUAUUAAGCCCUGCCUUUGCUUUACGUCCGGAUACCAAAUUCCAUUUAUCUGGAACUAUACAUGUUGUUGACUCUCUAACCUCACUGUUGGUCUGUGCUUGGAUACAAACCCUUGACGAUUUCAUACUUGACUCUGGAAUUUUUUCCUGUCCUAUGAUUUCUCCUUAUAAUGAUGUCGCAGAAUUGGCUUUUGUCUUAUACGUGUUGAACUCCUUUCCUUUGGAUACCUCUGUCUCCUUUGUAUCUUUGUUUAAGUUUAAUGAGUCAUUUCCAAAAUGGUGUGAAGUUUCUCCUGUACGCCGAGUUCGAUUAAAGAAUAACUCCUUAUGGUUCUGUAUCUCAGAAUUAUUGAAAUCCAAACGAAUUUCUUGUAGUUUUUCUAGUUUCCUCAAAGAUUCUAUUUCUGCACCUUCUAUACGGGCUUAUAAUCUCAUCAAAGGCUCAAAUUGGCAUAAUCUGUUACAACCUAUACCGCUCAUGGAUGAUGUUUUUCCUUCUUUCUUGAAAACUAUGGGACUCUUUACUGGUCAUGAUGAACUUUUAACUCAAGAUCCGAUCAAAUACUGGCAGGGGUUUACAGAUAUUUGCCAUUUCUUUUCAUUGAUAGGACUUUCACAGUUCUUACCUUUGCAAUCUACUUUUCAUUCUGUGGAUUGGUCGCUUUCCUUUGAAACCUUCAAACAAACCCUUUAUCAGAACCUUGCUGUGUCAAAAUCUUCAAUUUUUACUCAAUUUCGUCUUAAGCUUUGGUUCAAUGAACUUCCUAUCAUGUAUAAGCUUUUCCAAAGAUUUCCUGGUCUAUAUGCUGAUGACUCCUUAUGUCCGAUUUGCGGCAUUUUUAUGGAAAUAUUGGAAUACCUUUUUAUUUGUUCUCCUGAUUAUUUGGAUAUUGAUGAGGAUCACUCUAUGCUUCCAAUUCAUAAAGAUGUGACUACAAAUCUCAUCAAACGCUUUCUGGUCAAACUUGCUACCAAGGUAUCUUCUUCACCAGGAUGUAAACAAACAUACGAUGAACUUCUUGCAGCCCUUCGCAAUUUACCAUCACUUGGCCUUCCAGAUUUACUUUCGAACAAUAAUCAUUCUUCCUUUUUGCAUCUUGGUUUCUCUGAGGUUUCCUUCCACGUGACCUUCUGA